CCGGCUUUUUGGGGCGGGAGGGAAAGGCGAAACACAUCUAUCACAUAACAACUUUGAUUACAUAGUUUGUUGGACGUGCCUGCCCAAGCGCUAACUCAAUGGAAUGAGCGGUGGUGGCGUCUGUUUCUUUUUCGACCCUCACUUGUUUUUUUAAAAAAAUCAUAUUUGAUGUCCGUCUAAGACGUCAUUAAAAUGUCUGAAAAUGUCCGCUGCUGUGAGCUGCAGGCACUAAUGAGUGACAAUACUGUAUAAACUGGUAUUCUGAAGAAAAUAUUUUAAAAUAAGAAUUAACCUUGUGUGUAAAUCUGAAAUCGGGAAAACAACGGAGGCAGGAAAAAAAGAGAUCCCCUUUUACUUGCUGACAGAAUUAUCGACCAGAUCCCUGUUUCGGAAGUGUACAGAAGAAUAACAGAUGCUGCUCAACCUGCUGAGUUCCUCCCACAGUUUGUUUUCUGCAAGGCAGGGCAUCAGCAUCUGAUCUUCAGUGCAUUCCCAACUUCAUGCUCAGGCAAGGAAGUUGGAACCAGCAAAAGGAAAGUGAAAAAUGGGAGCAUUUUUGGAUAAACCAAAAACAGAGAAACUUAAUGCACAUGGUGCAGGAAAUGAUUUGCGUUAUGGCCUUAGCAGCAUGCAGGGUUGGAGAGUUGAAAUGGAAGACGCUCACACAGCUAUUGUUGGCAUUCCUCAAGGCUUGGACUCGUGGUCCUUCUUCGCAGUGUAUGAUGGGCAUGCAGGCUCUCGGGUGGCAAAUUAUUGUUCAAAGCACUUACUUGAACACAUCACAAGUAAUGAAGACUUCAGAGGCACAAAUGUGUCUGGUUAUCCCAUUGAACCUACCAUAGAACAUGUCAAGAGUGGUAUCAGAACUGGAUUUUUGAAAAUUGAUGAGUACAUGCGUAAUUUUGCAGAGCUGAGAAAUGGCAUGGACAGGAGUGGGUCAACAGCUGUAGCAGUGAUGAUCUCCCCGGAGCACACUUAUUUUAUCAACUGUGGCGACUCAAGAGCUGUUCUAUACAGAAAUGCACAACUUUGCUUUUCAACACAGGAUCAUAAGCCUUGCAACCCAAGGGAGAAAGAGCGAAUCCAGAAUGCAGGGGGCAGUGUAAUGAUACAACGAGUUAAUGGAUCACUAGCUGUGUCGAGAGCCCUGGGGGACUAUGAUUACAAGUGUGUCGAUGGGAAAGGGCCUACAGAGCAGCUGGUAUCACCAGAACCUGAAGUGUAUGAGAUUCUUAGAGCAGAAGAAGAUGAGUUUAUUAUACUGGCUUGUGAUGGCAUCUGGGAUGUGAUGUCCAAUGAGGAGCUCUGUGAGUUCGCUAGAUCUAGACUAGAGAUAACGGACGACCUUGAAAAAGUCUGCAACUGGGUAGUGGACACCUGCUUACACAAGGGAAGUAGAGACAAUAUGAGCAUUGUACUGGUCUGCUUCCCUAAUGCUCCCAAGGUUUCAGAAGAGGCAGUAAGAAGAGAUGCUGAACUGGAUAAGUACCUGGAAUCUCGUGUCGAAGAAAUCAUGUCGAAACCCAGUGAAGAAGGGAUGCCUGAUUUGGUUCACGUGAUGCGUACUCUCUCUAUGGAGAAUAUCCCUAAUCUUCCCCCAGGAGGAGGCCUUGCAAGCAAGCGCAGUGUGAUAGAAGCUGUUUAUAAUAGACUGAAUCCACACAGGGAUGAUGAUGGGGACCCUACUGGAGCAGAUGAAGGGGGAACAAGACCGGGCAAAUUGCUCGAGACACUCAGACAAUUGAGAAUUAAUCAUAGGGGGAACUACCGUCACCUAAUGGAGGAGAUGCUGGCUAAUUACAGGCUAGCUCAGAUCCAGGGGGAAGCAAGUACUACCGAGCAAGCUUUUUCUACUGCAGUUAUGCCUGCUAGAGAAUCAGAGACCAGGUUGCGAACAGAUGAGGAGAAUCGUCCUAAGGAUGUAAACUGAACUGAUGAAGAUGUAGUAAUAAAUAAGAAAUGCCUUAAGAGCUCACGCUUCCAGCAUUGUGUAUCAACUGUUAUAAUUUAUAACACCGCAUGAGUUUAUGAUCUCUUUGCAUGUUUUAUUGUGUUUUGUGCUUGUAAUUUCAAUUUUUGUUGUUGGUUACCAUAAUGACAGCUAAUUUUCAAAAUCUAUCUGUAGCACAUUAAUUUUGGUUGUAAAAUUGUAAAUGUAGUAAAUGCAUGAUUCUGGAAAGAUGCUUAUGACAUUGAUACCAUGGUUUAGUGUAAUUGUUAGUUAUUUGUAAACUGUCCCUCGUAUGUUCCUUUUGCAGUAUUCAGUGAGAGAGGAGAUAUGUGUUUUAAAUGUCAAAUAAAGCUUUACAGUAUGUCUGGACCAUUGUUCAAUUUGCUCAUUACAAGUUAAUUUGGAUCUGCUUUGUUCACCUCAAUAAAUGAUUACAAAUAAAACAUGAAACCAACUGGUUAUGUUUUACAUUUGGCAAGUGACUUAUCUAGAGAUUGCAAUUGCAUUUUUAAAAAAAAUUUAGCUUUGCGGGAAAAUAUUAUUUCAAUGCACCCCAGUUUGUUUUUCUAAGUAUUUAAUUAAAAGCACCAUUUUGUACAUGCCAAUAACACUUAAGUAAAUGUUAAGUGUAUCAUGCUUUCUACACAUUGCUUUUCAAUAUAAACUGAAGCUUUAUUCAAAAGAUAAACUUGUUUACAUGAAUAUCUUUUGACUUGGAGGAUCCUUGUAGAAUCAUGGGAUAUAAUGUUCA